AUGGCUCAGUACGAGUGGGACUCACCCCCUGUGAUGCCUAAUCUUGGCCCCAACUGCUCGGCCUCAUCCACUGCUAUUAACCGUGGAUCACAAAACAUUGGUUUCAUGGCUGAGUUAUCUUCUCCGUAUGCUCUUGCUGCCCAGCAGUUCGACUCCAUGUCCCCGUGCAAUGGCCUGAGUUACGCGAGAGGUUCUGCGCUGAGUCGCAUGCCUGGGCACCAUAAUAUUUGGAAUGGCACAUGUAAGGGGCCAUAA